AGAGAUUAUUCUCCAGCAGAGGGCGGUAGUGCCUCUGCUUACUGGCUUUCAGAACAAACAGGAAGUAGCUGUGUCCGUGACUUCAGUCCAGACGGAAGCAUCGUUAGCUUAGCUGUGUUUUAUCAGUGUGUGAGGAUCCAUUGUGAGUCUGCGCAGCAACGAUGGGUUCAGUUCAGCCUCUGAGAGAGUUUAUCAGACAGAGACUAACUGCUGCUGCUGAAGAAAUCUUCUCAGAGGUGGAAAAAACCAUCAUCCAGUACGAGGAGGAGAUCAACCGUCAGAGACUGCUGGACAUCAGCUGGAGACCCCGGAUCAGCUCACAGAGCGCAGAUUCAACUUAUCCCCCUCAUUCUGUGUGUAAGGAGGAAGAUCCUCCUGCUGAGCUGCAACCCUGCAGCCAGGAGAGAAGCUCUAGCUGGGAUCAGCAGCAAACCGAAGAACAUCUGCAGAUAAAGAAGGAGGUCAAAGAACCAGAAGCAUCUGAAGCUUUGCUUGUAAAAGAGAAACCCAGCGAACUCUGCAACAGUCAGGAUGGACAGGCUCUUCCCCAGAAGCAGGACAUCCAUACCUCCUUUAUCAAUACUGUUUAUAAGGAACAACCAGAAUCAGACAGAGAGCAGAUCCUCUCUCAGGACAUUCCUACAGAUGGGAACCGGUUCUGGGAAGGAAGGAAUGAUGAAGAUUUUGGACUGAUUACAGAGGAAGAGGGACCCCAAACACAAAGAGGUCUAGAAAGCAGAGAUCAAACGUUCUUUCUUGCUCACAUGCAAACUCCUACAUCUGAAAGGUCUUUCUCAUGUCCCAUCUGUGGAAAAUAUUUCCCUCAAAGAGGCUUUUUGAGAGUCCACCUGAAGAUCCACUCAGAUAAGAGUCUGUGUCAGGGACAGAUCUGCACCAAGGGUUUCCUCAGCAGCAGGGACCUGCCUGACCACAUGAAUACUCACACAGGUGAGAAGGUCUUCACCUGUUCCAUCUGUGGGAAAAGCUUUAGCGCUAAAGGCACAUUGAAUGUUCACUUGAGAAUCCACACGGGGGAGAAGCCUUUUACCUGUCAGACCUGUGGGAAAAGCUUUGUAGUCCGAGGCCAUCUGACGGAUCACAGCAGAACCCACACAGGAGAGAAGCCUUUCUCAUGUCAAACCUGUGGAAAAUGCUUCAGUCAAAGCACCCAUUUAAGAGUUCACAGCAGAGUUCACAGCAGCAACAGGCAGCUGACUGGCCGCUAGAACCAUAGAAAUAUCGACAUGGUUACCGAUCAGGUGAAAGCAAUAAUGAUAGCAAGGCAUCUUUACGCUAAGGCUAACCGUCCUGUCAAAAAUUUAAUCGUCCGUUAUUUGGCGGUUGAUUUUUGCGUCCUCUAUUGAACUAACGAGGGGUGUGAUUUGUCUAGUAUUUUUAAUAAAUGUCCAACACACAUCUGUCAUAAACCUAAAUAAAGAAUUUAAAUGCACUAUGUUUAC